AUGGGUUGGGGUGGCUACGGCAAAGGCUUUGCGAACGAGAAGAAGGUGUGGAUUGGAGGAUUGCCCGCAGGGCCUACCAGCAUUGAGACCAACAAGAAGCUGAAGGAGCACAUGGCCCAGGCUGGUGAAUGCAUCUUUGCCGAGAUCAACAAGAGUGGAAUUGCAGGGGCCGCAUAUAAGACACCAGAAGAGGUGCAGAAGGCUGUGGAGAUGCUGAAUGGAUCUACCUUUGAAGGCCACACCCUGGAAGUGGACGUUUGGCAAAAGAAGACACCUGAGGGUGGCCAAUGA